CCACUGGAAGUCAUAGCUGCUCUCACUGUAUUUUUUCUUGUAGUUUUGUCUUUACUCUGUGUCAUUUUUGCACCUUAUGGCCCUGUCUGGAAGCAACAGAGGAAAUUUUCUCUCUCAACACUGCGGCAUUUUGGAGUAGGAAGAAACAGCUUAGAGCCUAAAAUCAUCGAGGAGCUGAAGUUUAUAAAGGAGGAAAUGCUGAAGCAUGGAAAGGAUUCGUUUAAUCCCUUUCCGAUCAUUCGCAACGCAGUGUCCAAUGUUAUCUGUUCCAUGGCCUUUGGCAGGCGUUUUAACUACGAGGAUGAUGAGUUCAAGACGAUGCUGAAGAACAUGGCCCGUGCGCUAGAGCUGAGCGUGAACAGUUACAUGAUCCUGGUCAAUAUCUGCCCUUGGCUGUACUACCUGCCCUUUGGGCCUUUCCGGGAACUUAGGAAAACAGAAUUAGAUAUUACUGCUUUCCUCAAGAAAAUCAUUGCGCAGCACAGGGAUACACUGGAUGCAGCAAAUCCCAGGGACUUCAUUGAUAUGUACUUCAUCCACGCAGAAGAAGAAAAGAACAACAAGGAGAGCAGUUUUAAUGAAGAUUACCUGUUUUUUAUUAUCGGUGACCUCUUCAUCGCAGGCACAGACACAACUUCUAACACAUUACUAUGGUGCCUGCUCUACAUGUCUCUCUACCCUGAAGUACAAG